AUGUCUUACAACAACGACAACAGCUACGGCUCCGACAACUACGGCUCUAGCCGACGUGAUAACGACACCGAGAGCUACGGGUCAUCACGUCGGGACAACGAUAACUCAUACGGGUCCUCGGGUAACAGCAGUUAUGGCUCGUCGAACAAGUCUUCCCGAGACAAUGACAAUUCGUACGGGUCUAGCAACAAUGACAGCUACGGCUCCGGGAAUAAAGACAGCGAAUCGUAUGGCUCUUCGAACCGUCGCGGCAACGACGAUAGCUAUGGAUCAUCUCGUGGCGACAAUGACUCGUAUGGAUCGAGCAACAAUGAUUCCUACGGCUCCAGUAAUAAUGAUUCGUACGGAUCUCGUCGCGACAACAAGGAGGACUCCUCGUAUGGCUCUAGCCGCAGCAACAAUGACAACUCGUAUGGCUCAAAUAACAACGAUUCCUACGGCUCUAGGAACAAGGACUCGUAUGGGUCCAGCAGUAACGAUGACAACUCCUACGGAUCGAGCCGCAGGGAUAACGAUUCCUACGGCUCCAGCAAUAACGACACUUCAUAUGGUUCUAGCAACAAUGAUUCCUACGGAUCUAGCCGCAAGGACAACGAUUCGUACGGUUCCAGUAACAACAACGAUUCCUAUGGCUCUUCAAACCGCCAGGACAAUGACAAUUCGUACGGCUCCAGCAACAAGGCCUCGUACAGUUCCAAUGACAACAACGAUUCUUACGGCUCCUCAAACCGCCGCAGCAAUAAUGAUGACAACGACAACUCAUAUGGGUCGAAGAGCGAUUACCGCUCGAGCACUAGCGACAACAACUCGUAUGGAUCCAGCAACACUUACGGGUCCUCAGCUCGGAACGACAACGACGACAGCGGCUCGUACGGCUCCAGCCGGCGGAACAACGAUUCUUACGGCGACAACAAUUACUAA